GAGUAUCUCGCGCUAUGAGUAUUGACUACGCGCGAGAGUAUCUCGCGCUAUGAGUAUUGACUACGCGCGAGAGUUUUUUCCCGCACAAAAAAAACUACCAAAAAACAGUUUAAAUCGGUGUAUUUAUCACCACAUGGCAACCAAUAAUUACGGAAGGUCACCUUUUAGUGCACGAAAUACAAAAUCUGACCGUACCGGCAUUUUACAUUUUCUGAUAAUUCAAGUAUUCCCAACUAUCAGCCGUUAUGGCGUCAGAACUUAAAGUGGGAAAUCGUUAUGAAUCCUACGCGGAGGUUUUGAGAGCGGUGGAGCACUGGAGCCAGCGAACACACCAAGUCUUUAUAAAUCCCGGCGGCAAUGCGAAAACGUCAAAGACGCAUCCGCUUCACGACACGUUCCCCUACAGCUCAGUGAAGCUGGUCUGCAAAAAAGCUGGCGCUUACCGCCCACACCGGCGGAAUUCAGCCCCCACGAAGAAAAGUAUAACGACGACUCUGAAAAGUGACUGCCACGCUAUGGUCCGUCUUAAGCUUGUGAACGGCAUGAUGGAGGUUAUUCACGUGCCGGCUUUAGAAGACCAUAACCAUGAAGUCACGGAAACGAUCGCCCAACAUUUUCCAGAAAGAAGGCGCCUGUCGGAAGCAGAAAAGAACACUGUGGAGCAGCUAAUCGAGACUCGGGUGCCACCUCGAAUUAUAGCCCAUACAAUCAACGCAACACGCCGGUCGACCGGUGCGACCGGCACUCUUAUUACCAAAGACAUUUUCAACCAAGGGACGAGAAUACGCAUGGGAAAGAGGCAAGGCCGAGAAGAACAUGAAAUUCUUACAGAAUUUCUACGAGAACUGAGGCAGCGCGAUGCGAGCGGCACAUUCAACGUGGUCGUGGCAGAAGACGAAACGAACGCUUUACGCAUAGUUUUUUUGCAGACAACUGUCAUGAAGCAGACUUUCACGCGCAAUCCAGAGGUCAUUUUCUUGGACAGCACGUAUCGAAUCAAUAUGGAACAUUAUACCUUGUACGCAAUGGUUGUCCAGGACGAAAAUGGGUUUGGUCAGCCUGUCGCCAUCGGGUUUGUGGACAACGAGCGCGCCGAUACGCUAGGAUUGUUCUUCGACCAUGUAAAGGAAUUCACGAGCGCCGCAACCAGUAAAGUGGAGGCCAUUUUCGUUGACCAAGAUUCCACGCAGAUUGCGGUGCUGCAAGAGCGUUUUAUUGACGUGCCCCUACUUAUUUGUGCAUUCCACGCAAUAAAGACAUGGAAGUUCCAGAUCGCAAAAGAACAGUUGAAUGUCACGGAGAAGCAAGGUCUGCUGACGGCUUUCCGUGGUUUACUGUACGCGCCACAAGAAGGCAUGUUCCAAGAACGGGAAGCCAUAUUUCGGCAGAGUUGCACCGACAGGCUGCGAAGUUACUACGAAAAGAACUGGGCGAAGGAUUCGGCGAUGUGGUGCAUGGCAAAGCGGCGUGAGCUGAGAACGUUUGGCAACAACACCACAAAUCGAAUAGAAAGGUUUUUCCUUACUGUGAAAACAGCGCUGCGCGGAUCGGGACGAUCGAUUGCCAAACGUUUUCAUCUAACAGAGUGCAUCGAGAUUGUCAUGUCCGUCAUCGACCAUAAAGCCAACCUUGCAAAAUACCAGGAUUACAUCAACAUGGCAAAGACGAUGAUACUACACAAAUUCCCAAUUCCAGAAAUCGGAUCGGCGAUCGAGGCAAAGGUCACCGACUUUGCCGCUCGAGUCAUCAGAGGACAGUGCGUCUUGUACCUGAAGGAAACAUACGAAGUCAACCCCGGAGCGGAACGAGGAAGCUGGGUAGUCGCUAAUACCAAAGGCGGAAGAACUUACGAGGUGACAGAGCGACUUGAUCAGCCAACCCGGUGUUUUGUGUGCAACUGUUACAUCAACUGCUCGUUCGGACUGCUUUGUCGGCAUAUAAUCCACGUGCGCCGAGAAGAAGAUCUGAACCUGUUUCGGUAUCUGACAUGUUGCCCCGAUGGCUCCGCAAUAAUCCGGCGGCAAAUCACCCAGUUGAUGUUUAUCCCCGAAUGCUGGAUGCAGCUAUCAACGGUGAGCCGGAUGAAGAUCACAGAAGAAGACUUUGUGGAGUCAGCUUAACGCGUUUCUCAAGCCUGGGAGUACGAUACAAAACUGUUACGGAGCUUGGAAAGGAGAUCGCCACUGAGUUAGCAAAAUUUGGAGCGGUGGAGUUUAAAGUGCACAUAGCCGCUUUGCAGCAAUACCUGGACAUAGUGCGAAGUGGAGCUGUGCCGGUAAUUAGUCACCCUGACUUGUUGGCUAAGGAAUAGAUACCUGAAACAUCACCAAAGCGGCCAAACAUCCCCGAAGCCGCGGAAGAAGCCGCCGAAGAAGCCGAUUUGCCAGAGCUAGAGCCUCCUGCCGUCAGCAACUCUGUCGCUCCUGAUUUUCCGACGUUUAAAGUCAGACCUCGCGGAACCAUUAAGCCCCGCGGUCGGCCGUCGGAAGGAAGGCGCCAUCAGCGAUUUAAUCGGACAGCCGUACUGUCGUCACAGCCAGUCCAAGCCACACCCCAGCCAGCCGAAACACCGGCUCC